AUGGCUGCUCAAAAGUAUCGUCUCGCUCCUCCAGAUGUCCAUGAUAAUAACAACAACAAUAAAAAACUCUAUCGAACAGUAGAUUAUGUUGAAGUAAAUACAAAUAGAGUACCUUUGAUUAACAAGGAAGAAAUUAGACAAAUCCACAACCUUCCUUCGUCUAUACCUCGUUGGUGGCUUGUCAUACCUUGUUUACUGUUCAUAACAUUGCCUACUGCGUCUGACAGUCUACUCAUGAACGAUUUUAUUGUGCGCCGUUACGAACAUCACUAUGAAUUAAAAACUUUAAGAAAGAAAGAACGAACUGCAUGUCUUCAAGUGUCGACGUCAACGCUUGAUUAUUGGUACCUCGAGCAAUAUUCACCUGUUGAAUCAGGUUAUAACAUGGUUCAGAAGGCAGCCGCGAAAUUUAAUGUCAAAAGUUCAUCUGCUACAUUGAUUCCCUCAUUAUUCGCCAUUGUUCUGUUAGGUUCAAACUGUGACACCAUUGGUCGACGUCCAUUACUUUUCUUACCUUUUAUCGGUAAAAUCGUUCGAUAUACACUCAUGAUAAUUAUUAUUGCUCGUGACCUCCCUGAUGGAUGGUUAAUAGCUUGUCAAGCAGUUGAAGCGUUCUUCGGCUCAUUUGGCAUAGUCAUGUUGAGUGCUUUAGCUUUCAUCACCGAUUGUACACAUGAAUCUGAAAGAACUCGACCAUUUUUGAUAAUUGAAGUGAUUGUUCUAGUGGCACGCGUCGUACCAGUCCUUGCCAUCGGCUUAUGGUUACAACAUUCGCUCUACAUUAUCCCGUUAAGCGUCUGUCUUGGAUUAAGUAUCGUCGGAAUGCUCUACGUACUGUUCAUUCAACCGGAAUCUGUACAAACUGUGUGA